GAGAGCGGGUGCGGUGCAAGGUCGCAUGUAUAUGCGAGAGAAAAGCGUGUUGGACAGGAGUAUGGGCACCUCACUGAAAGCUAUAAACCGUGAAUGCGCCCAACUUAAGAAGAAACACAGUCAACUCCAGGAACAAAAAAGUAACAGCAAUUUAUUAUUGGAGAAUGCCGUCGCCAAAAGAAUGGCUGGAAGUCGAUCAAACCUGUCGGCCGCUAGCAGUAUCCGACAGAUCAGGGCUCAAGCGUUUAUUAAACCGGAAGAGGAAGCGUCGGGUAGGGUCAGUAACAUCACGACCCCAACUCCUCACGCCUUGCCUCCAAAAAGAAUACAAAGCGAGAGGCCUGCCUCUAAAUCUGGACAAAGUGACAUAAAGGAAGACAAGCCCGGUCCAUCAGCGCGACCAGAGAGUCCGGUCAAAAAAACGACCUUCAAAGGCAAAGGGAAGGUGACCACGGUUCAGGAUCAGCCUCCAAGACAAGCCAGUGUGAAAGACACGGGCGAGCGGAAAGGGGAAGAGCACCAGCCAGCAGAACAAAGCCAUCGGCGAUCGUUGACCCCAGCGGACCUGAUCAAACAUGGGGUGAUCCCGAGCCAUCGUGGCUCCAUUAGGAGAGAGUCGAUCAGCGGCCAGAUGUUCUCCAGGGAAGAAAUGGAGGAACAGCAGAGAAUUCUGGAUCUGUUCAUACACCUGGUCGAAAAAGUAGACGACUACGUGUUCGAUCCAGCAGAGCUGUCGGCUAAAAUCAAGGAAAUGGCCAUUGAACGCAAGCAACACGGCGCAGCUCCGAUCAGUCGAGCCAGCAACUCGCAGCGCCACGCAGCCCUUCCUCACCUACAGAAGCUUCACGAGGAUCCAGCCCUGAUGAAGGAAUUGCAAUCUUUGCUGCACCAAAGAAGACAAUCUGUCGAUUUAGCCCGGAGAAGCAGCGUUAGUAAGACGGGUUCCUCGGGAACUUUACAUCAUCAUAACGCCAAGAGGAGGGUGUCCGGACUGGAAAUGCUCUCAGACAUUUUAGGCGCGUACAAAUCUCAGUAUAAAGAGGUCACUUUUGACCCUCUGGCCAUGCUUAAUUGUGGAUACCUUCGCCUUUCCAAAUCCAACGUCAGAGAAUUGGAACGACUGUGUCGGGAACAAGGUAUAGAUCCCGGAAUACACGCUCACACAGAUGUUGAAGACUUCCAGUUAUUUGACGACCAUGAAGAUUCGGAAGGAGAGUUGAGGGAGGCGGCUGUUUAAGUACACUUAUUAUCUGUGCAGUAUUCUCAUGUCACAUGCCAUACAAAAUGUCCAACACUACUACCUCGAUUGUUUGUCGUGCUUCCUUAUUAUUCGACACUUGAAAAUUUGGUAAUCAGCAAAACUCGAAUUUACUUUAUAA